AUGGCAACGGUUUUAGAUCCACGAUACAAGUUAAAGUUUGUGGAGUUACUUUUGCCUGUGCUUUAUGGAGAAGAAAAGGCAAAGUUUGAAUUUCAAAAUUUGGAGGGGUUUGUCAAAACUUUGUUUCAAGAGUACGAGUCAAGUAAUGCAUCUAAAAAAAGGAAGAGUGAAGUUCCUAGUUCAUCUUCAUUUGGUUCUAGUAUCUCUUCCGGUCAUCGUGUUGGAUUCAAAAAGCUCUUAUCGGAUAUUGCUUCUAUUACUAGAGAUGAUGAUGAAUCAGGAGCAACUUGUUCUGAAGAGACCGAGGCAUAUUGUCGUUCUGUUGAAUUUGAUUAUGAUGUGGAAGAGGAAAACACUAAAGAAAGCGGGACAACAAGUUUGGAUGAUUUUGUUUGAUUUUGAGUUUGUAACUUUGUUUUAACGUUAAAUGGUAACGUAUUAUUGUGAUGAAUUAGUUUUUCAUGUUGUGUACUUGGGUGUUUUGGUUGGUUGGUUGAUGUUACAAUAUUAGAUUAUUAGUAAUUUCUAUUUGGUUAAAU